AUACAUUAUUAUAGGAGGUGAGUGUUGAAAGAUCAUUUAGCCAAUCGCAUCAGGGGAGGUCAGCCGAAAUAGGAUAAUGAUCCCAAACAAAUACACAUAAAUGACCGAUGUGGCUGAAUAGUAAGCCGAGGGAGCCGACUUUCACUUGUUUUUCCCGACGUCGUUGCUUUUUUUCUUGCUUUGGCCCAGCAGCCACUUCCAUCCAUUCCUUCACUUUAUCCCCUUAAUCCUAUUGCCGAGCCCCAAUGGGUUGUGUACAGUCUACUGGCGUUGACGAGGAGGCCAAGGCCCGCAACGAUGAAAUCGAAAACCAGCUCAAGCGGGACAGGAUGAUGGCGAAGAAUGAGAUAAAAAUGCUAUUGCUGGGUGCUGGAGAGUCUGGAAAGUCGACGGUGUUGAAGCAGAUGAAACUUAUCCACCAUGGCGGCUACAACGACCAAGAGCGAGAUUCUUACAAGGAAAUCAUCUUCUCCAACACUAUUCAAUCCAUGCGGGCGAUUCUCGAGGCCAUGCCGCAGCUGGACCUUUCUCUCGCGCCCCAAAACGAUGCUCGUCGUGCUACUAUCCUCGCAUUGCCUGGUCAGCUUGAGACUGACGUGCUUCCCCGGGACGUCGUUGAUGGUAUUCGGUCGUUGUGGAGGGACCCUGGCGUCCGGGAAGCCGUUCGUCGCUCACGGGAAUUUCAACUGAACGACUCGGCCGUCUAUUAUUUCAACUCACUCGACCGCAUGGCUGGUCCUGGUUACAUGCCAACAGACCAAGACAUCCUUCGGUCGCGGGUGAAGACGACUGGCAUUACGGAGACGACGUUCAAGGUUGGAGAGUUGACGUACAAGCUGUUUGAUGUCGGUGGUCAGCGUAGUGAGCGGAAGAAGUGGAUUCACUGCUUCGAGAACGUCACGGCAUUGGUCUUCUUGGUCAGUUUGAGCGAAUACGAUCAGAUGUUGUACGAGGAUGAAAGCGUGAACCGUAUGCAAGAGGCUCUCACGUUGUUUGACUCGAUAUGCAACUCAAGAUGGUUCGUGAAGACGUCCAUCAUCUUAUUCCUCAAUAAGAUUGAUCUGUUUGCCGAGAAACUGCCGCGGUCACCGCUGAGCGAUUACUUCCCUGACUACACAGGUGGCGACAACUAUGAUGCGGCUUGUGAUUACCUUUUGCACCGGUUCGUCAGUCUCAAUCAGAGUGCUGCGACCAAGCAGAUAUAUGCACACUAUACUUGUGCUACGGAUACACAACAAAUCAAAUUCGUCCUAAGCGCAAUUCAGGAUAUCCUUCUGCAACUGCAUCUUCGGGAAUGUGGAUUGCUAUAGAAUCAAGUGCACCACUACCCGGGUAGAGGGUGGAUACUUCCUGUUUUUUCCCUUUAUUUCUUUUGUUGUCAUUUUGGUCAUACCACAGUAUAGUUACAUUAUUAUUGCCUGCUUACGCAUCCCAUGACCAUGGGCCAUCAUCUUACGAGGAUCACAUUGUUUUGUUUUUGAUUGAUUUAUAUU